ACUAUUCAGCCCACUGCAGACCAAGCAGAGGCCACUUCUGAGAGGACGAGAAGGCUGAAGGGUGAUGCGGGGUGUUUAGCGGAGCAGGCCACCCAAGCUCUCCUAAAUUCAUCUGCAUCUACUCUCUUCCUGGUGGGCAGGUGAGUCACGUGGCCCCAUCGCGUGCAGGGAGACUGGGAAAAGGGAAAGAAGCCCCUGGAUAUGUGGGGAGCCUCCCUGACCUCUCUGGCUGCUGGCUGUACCCCUGGUUUCCCCCUACACACGCGCGCACACACACGCACACACACACACCCCCCGCUCCCGCACAGCAUCUGGUCCACAGGGGAUGCUCAGUGAAGGUUUGUUGAAUGAAUGAAUGAAUGAAUGAAUGACUGUGAGGAAGGUGAGGACAAGGGGCCACAUCAGAAGACUGAGGGGCUCCGUGGGGCGGUCGGAUUCCUGUCAUACCCCUCUGCGAGCUGGGGGUGGGCAAACGCUGGAGGGGAUUUCCCUGCUCGGCGAACAACUCAAAUCCCUCCCCUUUGCCGGACAUCCCCAGAGUGGGGUGGGGCGGGUCUCUGGCAGGUUCGGGCAGGCCGAGGCCCCCGAGCCGUGAGAGCGCUGAGGUUUCCGUGCUCCCGGCUCCCUGGCUCGCCCCGCGCCCCGCCAGCACGGGCCCCAUGCAGCGCUGUCUGAGAAUCAUGGUGCCGGAGGAGGGGAGCUCCGGCUGCCCGGUGCCCCGCCUGUCCUGGAUGUCGGUGCUGCGCUCUGCCGCGAUCCUGUCUCUUACCGGCAUAAUGGCAUACUGCUUCCUGCGCGUCCAGCAAGGGCAGCUCGAGCCGCCUAAGCGGGACAUGGCUGAGCUGCAGCUAAAUCACACAGGACAGCGGCUGGACCACAGGCUGCGCUGGCAGGGAAGUCCAGCCUUGGGCCGCUCCUUCGUGGAUGGACUGGAGCUGGACGACGGCGGGCAGCUGCGUGUCCGGCGCGGCGGAGUCUACAGGCUGCACAUCCAAGUGACGCUGGCCAACUGCUCCUCCUCCACGCGGGCCGCCAGGCCUCCCAGGGCCACGCUGACGGUGGGCAUCUGCUCCCCGGCCGCCCACAGCAUCAGCCUGCUGAGGCUCAGCUUCCACGGAGGCUGCGUGGCCGCCUCCCAGCGCCUGACGCCGUUGGCUCGCGGGGACACGCUGUGCACCAACCUCACGCUGCCUCUGCUGCCCUCCGCAAACGCUGAUGAGACCUUUUUUGGGGUUCAGCUGGUGCACCCCUGACUGUUGCGCCCCCUGGCCCAGAUUCGUGGGGAGAGUGUGUUUUCUCUCUCUUUUUUUUUUCCUGUCUCUUGUAGAAGCUUUUUUCUUGAUGUAUCUCUGUAAUAUAGUGACGUCUAACAUCUGAUCGGUCUUCUUCCUUGCUGCCAGCUUAAGCUUUUGGAAUUUCCUGUGUGGGAGCGGUCUUGGUGCCUUUUGCUGUGUUAAUGAGGUGACUUUGGGGAAAGCCCUUAGGUCACCUGGAGAGGUGGGAGUUGGAACUGUCCCUUCCCACUGGCCUGACCUCCAGGGAGGGGAGAGAGGCUGCAGACAGCUCAAUCAGCCACGGCAAGUGAUUUAACCAAUGGCAUCCGUGUCAUGCUCAAAAAUACAGAAGGAUGGGGUUAGAAGCUUCUGGACUGGUGAGCGAGUGAAAGUCCUGAGAGAGUGCUCACCCGUGGAGAAAACACCGAGUGAGGUUGAUGGAACAUCACUCACCACCACUUCUGGUUAGGUGCUGCCUGAGUCAUACUGGUUUUUGUUCAA